UACAAUAUUAAAAAAUGGAUCUGCUCUGUUUAUUGCAAUAGUAUUUCUCUUACAGUACAUGCUAUUUUAAAACCUGCAGGGUUAGUAAUGAUUACCAUAGCUUUACAAUCUGUUAUGCAAUACGUAUGUAACUGAAUCAAACUCCAACACACCCAACCUGUUCUCAAAUGAUAGUUGGAAUGCUGCUAAACGUCAGCUAACAAACAAGUACAGCAGUUCCUGGUUUGGAGACAGUACAGGUUGUACAGAGUUUACUGCCAGGAUGGCGGUGAACGUCGCAGCAACACUUCUCAUCGCUUCUGCGGUCACUCUCCUGAUUUACCUCAUUAAAUGGUGGAUGAAUGUAAAGAACAAAGACUUGCCACCAGGACCCACCCCUCUGCCACUUCUGGGGAAUAUUCUACAGAUUAGUACCACUGAAAUGCCACAAUCUCUGGUGAAGCUACGUGAAAAGUACGGACCGGUGUACACAGUUUAUCUGGCCACAAAUCCAGCGGUCGUGCUGAUUGGCUACGAUGCUGUGAAGGAGGCCCUGGUUGAUCGCAGUGACGUGUUCAGUGACAGAGGGGAUUUGGGUCUAUUUGAAAUGUUGUUUAAGAAUUUCGGGAUCCUCAUGAGCAAUGGGGAGAGAUGGAAGACGCUGCGUCGAUUUUCCCUGACAACGAUGAGAAAUUUUGGGAUGGGGAAGAGGAGUGUGGAGGAGAGAAUUCAGGAGGAAGCUCUGUGUCUCAGGGACAGAUUUAUGAAGAUCAAAGAUAAACCAAUAAACCCAACUCAUCUGCUAAAACUGUCUGUCUCUAAUGUCAUCUGCUCCAUUGUAUUCGGUGAGAGAUUCGACUACGAAGACAAAAGGUUCAUGGGCCUUCUGAAAAAUAUUCAAGACGUUGGGAUCCUGGUAGGCUCCCGAUUAGGACAGCUUCUUAAUAUGUUUCCAACCUUAAUGAGCCGUGUCCCUGGCCCCCACCAGAACAUUUUCUAUUUUAUGGAAAAGAUUCAAGUGUUUCUACAGGAGAGGGUGGAAACUCAUAAAGAGACACUGGAUGUGAACUGCCCUCGUGACUUCAUAGAUUGCUUCCUCAUUAAAAUGGAAGAGGAAAAGAACAACCCCAAAACAGAAUUCCAUAAUGAAAACUUACGAGGAACAGUAAAUGACCUGUUCUUUGCUGGGACUGAGACAACAAGUAUGACCCUGAGACAUGGCUUCCUGAUACUACUAAAAUACCCUGAGAUACAAGAAAGGAUCCAUAAAGAGAUUGACAAUGCAAUAGGCAGUGAUCGCUGUCCAUCAGUGGAGGACAAGAGUAAGAUGCCAUAUACAGAUGCCGUCAUUCACGAAAUCCAGAGAUUUGCUGAUAUUAUACCAGCAGGAGUGCCCCAUGCAGCCAGCAAGGACACCACCUUUAGAGGAUAUCACAUUCCAAAGGGAACUUUAGUUGUCCCAGUCUUAACGUCUGUCUUGAAGGAUCCCAAACAGUUCAAAAAUCCUGAUACAUUUGACCCUGGACAUUUUCUUAAUGACAAUGGCACUUUUAAGAAGAGUGACGCCUUCAUGACGUUUUCUGCAGGAAAACGUGUGUGUUUGGGGGAGGGUCUGGCUCGCAUGGAACUCUUCCUUUUUUUUACAACUAUUCUUCAAAGGUUUACUCUGAAACCCACCGUGGACAUAAAGCACAUAGAAAUUACACCCGAGCCCAACAGCAAUGCUUCCAGACCUCGCGACUAUGAGAUGUUGGCUGUGCCUCGCUGAGGGACCAUUGUUAUUGGAAAUGGUGUUUACGUUCAAAGGCAUCUAUCACUUUACAAUUUUUAAAAAUAAUGUAAUAUGAACUUUCAGGGUUCCCGCUAUAAAGUUCUAUAAACACAAAUUGCCUGAGUUACAGCACCUGCUCAAAUUCUAAAUUUAUUUCUAACCAGGAACAUUAUUUGUCUGGAAUCUGUCUCUGCACACCAUUACUGUGUGGGAUAGCUCUCGGGUAACAUUAUUGUAGGAACUGUUAGGCCCAGGAAUGGUUUGCUAUAUUUAAAACACUUUAAAAUAUGUAAUAAAAUACCUGUUAAAAUGGA